CUAAUAGGUAUAUAUUAAGUUUCAUUAAAAAAAAAAGGUAUAUAUUGAUUAAGCAAAUAAUGGAAUUAGAAAUGAAGUGGAUGGAUCAAAUCAAUGAGGAGAUAAAGAGCAAUGGUCCUUCAAUAGUUGAUCAGAGGGAACAAUGGAAGAAACAUUGCAUUUACAAAAUACCCUCAAGAGUCACGGAAUUGAACAAAAAGGCCUAUAAACCCCAAGCAAUUUCAUUUGGUCCUUACCAUUAUGGAGAGGAACAUUUAAAGCCUAUGGAAGAACACAAGCAUAGAGCACUUGUUCAUUUCCUAAAGAGGUGUGAAAAGCCCAUUGAGUUGUUAUUCCAAUGUAUGGAUCAAGUGGUCCAAGAGUUGAGAGACUCGUAUAAACCACUUGAUCCAAUUUGGAUAUUGGACACACCAAAGUUUCUUAAAAUGAUGAUUCUUGAUGGUUGUUUUAUUUUGGAGAUUUUGAGAGCUAAUGAUUGUGUUCCGGAUGAUUAUGAUGAGAAUGAUCCUGUCUUUGGUGAACAUGGGAAAUUUUAUGUGAUGCCAUAUAUCAAACGUGACAUGCUUAUGCUUGAGAAUCAAUUACCUAUGAUAGUUCUUCAUACAUUGAUUGAAGUUGAAAUUGGCACUGAUCAUGAGGAAGAUCAUCAUGAGUCGUUAAAUGAGAAUAUCGUCAAGUUAUUAAACCCUAGCACCCCUUUAAUUCGAAGCAUGGGAAAAUGCAUGCACAUAUUAGACGUGUACAAAAAAAGCCUAAUUCAACAAGGACCAACCCACCCAACACGCAUGCCCAAAGCAACAAAAAGAAAUUGGUUGAGUUUAGAAGCUGGAGAGCCAAUCAUUCGAUCCGCAACAGAACUCCAUGAGGCUGGAAUCCGCUUCAAGAAAAGCAGAACAUAUUGGAGUCUUAGAGAUGUUUCAUUCGAUCAAGGUGUUCUUAGGCUCCCAAUUUUGGUGGUAGACGACACUACAGAAUACAUGCUCCUUAAUCUCAUUGCCUUUGAGCGUCUUCAUGUUGGAGCAGGUAACGAGGUAACCUCGUUUAUAUUCUUUAUGGACACUAUCAUCGACAAUGCCAUGGAUGUUGCACUUCUCAACCGAAGCGAGAUCAUAUUCAAUGCUCUUGGGAGUGACAAAGUUGUUGCAAAAUUGUUCAACUCAUUGUCUAAAGACAUCACUGUGGAUCCAAAUGGAGUACUUGAUGUGGUGAGGAUGAGUAUGAGUGAUUAUUGCAAGAAACCGUGGAAAAGAUGGCGUGCAAAUCUUAUUCAAACUUAUUUUAGGAACCCUUGGGCUAUUGUGUCUCUUGUGGCUGCUAUUUUUCUUUUUGCUCUUACUAUUGUUCAAACUGUAUACACAAUUCGUCAAUUUUAUCAAAACCCAAGCCCAAGCCCAACUAAGUCACCUGUUUUUCCAAUUACUCCAAGGCCUCGCCAUAUUCCAUAAUCACCCUAUUUAGUUUCAUGUUUUCUCCUUUAAUUUCUAUAUAUAUUUGUAAUUUUUUUUUUAUUUUGAAUAUUUUAUGUAUAUUUGAUUCUUGAUUUGUCAUUGAGACUUUAUAUG